AUGCAGACGCUUACAUUAGUUCUUUCCUUUGUACUAUGUAUUUCUUCAAUCACUGCUCAGCCAGCUGAUUUAUCUUCUAUGAAAACAUGCAAAAGAGGUACAGAUGAUUAUGCAUCAUGUAUGAGAUUAGCUUUUCAAGAGAAUUGGCCAACUCUCGUAAAAGGAAUGCCAGAGAUAGAUUUACCACCUCUAGAUCCUUAUGAGCUUGAUGUCAUGGCCACUGAUUACCAAUUCGGUGAAGUAACUGGCAAAAUAGUUGUACGUAAUGUUAAAACUUAUGGUAUGUCUAAAACUCGUUUCUUAUCUAUAAGACCAUCCUAUGAAGAAAAUCGUUAUCGUCUUGAUAUCGAUAUGGAAAUCCCAAAAAUGUUUGUCGAAGGAGACUUUAAAUCUGACGGUACUGUUGGAUCUUUUAACGUGAUCGGAAAAGGUCAAUUUAAUAUUAGUAUGGAAGAUAUCUCAGGAACUAUGACUCUAGAAGGAGAAGUCAUUAAUGACAGAUGGGUAUUAGACAGAUAUAAUUUUAUGCCCGAAGUUGGAAAUAUGAAGGUCUGGGCUUCUGAUUUAUUCAAUGGCAACAAAGAACUCACUGAAGCAGCACUUAAAUUCGCAAAUGAAUACUGGCAAAUUCUUUACCGCGGAAUGUUACCUCACGCUGCUAAAACUUGGAACGCGUAUAUGAAAAAUCUGUGCAACCGUAUUCUAUCCCACAUUUCUUUCUCAAAAAUAUUUCCUUGA